AUGCCACUACCGCUUCAAAGGACUGGUGACGUGCUAGCGCUCAAGGCAUCGCUGCCUAGCGCUGAUUGGUGCGUUGUAGACUUAGAUGCGGGCAGUGGAGAGUACUUGAAGAGCACACACACACUUCUCACAAUCUUUGUUGAGUGCGCUCGCCUCAUCGAGUCGGCUCUACGCUCGCUUCUCUACCGCCAGAAAUUACAAAACAAAUCUAAGGUCAUCAAAGUUACCAAUUGUGGUCUUCCAUGCAAUCCCACCUUGAGGCCCUACCCCAAUUUCAAUGCAAACAGUGAUGUGGAACUCCUUAAAAAGGCUAUGGACGGAAUGGGCACCGAUGAAGCUAUGAUCAUUGAAAUUUUGGGAACUCGCACCAGUCAGCAACGUGUUGAAAUUGCGGAGGCCUACAAGGGUUCCUACGGCGAGGAUCUGAGGGAGAAACUUCAGGGUGAACUGAGUGGUGAUUUCGGCGAAUUGGUAGACCUCAUGUUCUACACCAUUCCUGAGCUUAAAGCGCAGCUUUGCUACGACGCAAUUAAUGGAGCUGGGACAGACGAGCUGGCCCUCAUUGAAGUUAUCUGUACUUCAACCAACUCUGAAAUCGAAGAACUUAAAAAGGAAUACGCUAAGGUGUGCCAAAAUCACGGAAAAGCUGCCAAUGAGAACUCUUUGGAAAAAGACGUCGUGGGCGACACCAGUGGCUAUUUUAAACGCAUACUGGUGGCCCUGUUGGCAGCUCAACGCCACGAACCCACGGAACAACAGUUGAAAGAUAUUGCAAAUCGCGGAAUUGACUCAAUCAUCGACAAGAAGGCUGCUGAAGCGGACGCUCAAAAGCUCUACGAUGCUGGCGAAAAGAGACUCGGAACAGAUGAGGAGGCCUUUAUUACUAUUUUGUGCACGAGAAGCCCAUGGCAGCUGAUUGCAAUUAGCAAGGCCUACGAAAAGAUAAGCAAACUACGACUUGUUGAGGCCAUCGCGAGUGAAACAAAGGGCGAUUUCAGAAGAGCUCUCUUGACAACCUUGCUUGCCAAUACCAAUACACCUAUGGCGUUUGCCGAGCACUUCAACGACGGUCUAAGCGGUGCUGGAACCAACGAUGACCAGUUAAUGCGUCUCAUUGUGUGGCGCUCCGAGGUUGACAUGAAGGAAAUCAAGAAUUGUUACCUCACAAGGUACAACAGAGAUCUCGUCGAUGACAUCAAAGAUGAUACGUCUGGCGACUACGAAAAACUCCUCGUUCGUCUCCUCGGAUCUCAGUAA